UGUCGUUUCCCGGUCGAGGCGCAGUUGGAGCUGCAGACCGAUUACCGAGCGCACGCUGAGCGUCUCCUCCUGCGUCUCAUCUCGUCUUUUUCCCUCCCGCGGUGGAAGAAUUGAGUCCCAACCUUCUGGUUCUGGUAGAUUCAUCCGUAGUCUCAGACGUCUACCCCCCCAGCAUGUCGCUGAAGGUUCAGACCAGCAAUGUGACAAACAAGACUGACCCCAAGUCCAUCAACUCCCGGGUUUUUAUUGGCAACCUGAACACAGCUGUGGUAAAGAAGUCAGACGUCGAGAGCAUAUUCUCUAAUUAUGGCCGAGUUCUGGGUUGCUCCGUGCACAAAGGCUACGCGUUCGUCCAGUACGCCAGCGAAAGGCAUGCUCGGGGGGCUGUGGUCGGGGAGAACGGAAGGGUUCUCGCAGGACAGACACUGGAUGUCAACAUGGCAGGAGAACCAAAACCAAACAGACCCAAAGGCCUGAAGAGAUCAGCUGCGUCCCUUUACAGUGGAUACGAGUUUGACUACGAUUACUACAGAGAAGACUUCUAUGACAGGUUGUUUGAGUUUCGUAGCAGAGUGUCUCCAGUGCCUCGAGUGGUUCCAGUCAAACGCCCACGAGUGGCGGUUCCCCUGGUCCGGCGGGUCAAACCUCUGCCAGUCAAAGCAUGCAAUGCCUCCAUCCUCCCAGCCACCAACGGCACCAAAAAGAGAUCUGCAGGAAAAGGCACGGAGCUGCAGGCCAUCAAGUCAGAGUUGACUCAGAUCAAAACCAACAUCGAGGCUCUGCUAGGCCGACUGGACCAGAUCACAGAAGAGCCUCACAUUGCCACCACGGAUUUGAUCAAAGCGGAAGAGUGUCAGAGUGAGGAGGCGUGGCAGGAAGGGGAGGAGUCCGGUUCUGAGCUGGAGGAUGAAGAGGAGCAGAGACCGAAUAGUGAAGUGGAAGAGGAGGAAGAGGAGGAGGGAGAACACAGACAUGAUGAUGCUCACAACCACAUGGAGAGCAGUCGUCUUUCGCCAGAUAUGGAUUCUGUUCAUGCAUGAGAGGCUGCAGAGGAAGAGAGUGAAGGAGAAGACAAAGAGCUGUGGACAGACAGAAGGAGGAAGGCCAUCAAGCAGCAGGGGGCCACGGAAACACACGUUAACACAGAAAAACCUCUGAAAAACGCAGAGAUCGGACUGACUUGACAUGCUGUCCAAACCACUGGAAGACACUAAAACAGCAGGAAACUGCCAGAACAUAUCAUUAACAGAUGAGUUAUAUGUACAGACAUAAAACAGCCGAGUUUUAAACAAAAAAGAAAGGCAGCAGUGGAGACAGACUCAUCUGUGUCAGCCUCAUGUGGAGAGACAGCAGGAUUUUGACAACAGACACCUUAAACUGGUUUCACAAACAUCAGCUAACAUUCAGCAGCAGCAGCAUUUGGGAGAGCAGGAGCUCCUCCACUUGUUUUUUGUUCUCCAGGACUGAAAACACAACUGACUAAUGUUUAAUGAUCAGAUCUUUUAUUGAUUGUGCUGCUUUAAAGCAGAGCUUUUAAAUUCUGGUCUGCCUGUUUUAGUGGCCCCUCUGCUCCAACACAUCUCAUUCAAUUAUUGUAUUACAUUUCAGCUCUUCAGAAGCUGUUUAAUCACCCACCAAUUCAAACCAGGUGUGAUGGUGCAGGAAAAAAAUAGAAAUCAGGUAGUGCCUCUAACCGAUCAGGAUUUAAUGGCUCUGCUUUAGAAGAAUUUUCAUGUUGGUGUUAAAUCCCAAAAGAUGACACGUUGUGGGGCCUAAGAUACAGUAAUGUCUUGUUGUUUACAUAUUUGUUUAUUUAUUUGUAUCCAUUCCAUGUUUGUGCUGCAAAUGCAGUAACUGAAGUGCAGAAAAAUGCACUACCUGGUGCACCGGAGCUUGUGUUCAAAUAGAAGCUGAACGUUUGAAAAUCAAAGUAAAACUAACAAAACUAGUAGAAAAGCCAACAUUUAUUUUAAAAUAUCCAUCGUAAUUUUAUAAAGGCAGACUUGUAAAGGAUGGUUUACUUUGAAUCGGGGUUGUGUGGAGUAGGCUGUGGAGAGACGUCUGCAUUGAAGGAAGAGUUUUAUCUGGAGCAGAUGACAGGUGCAGACCGGUGACAUUAAAGCUCUUUGCUGGUGAUUUGAUGCACGAUAAUCAGUGACUACAGAGCACACACAGCAUCUGAUAUUUUGGCCCAUUCUUCCAUGCAGAUCAUCUCUAGAAUUGCCUCUGUCAGUGUGCCCCAGAGCAGCUGUGGCUACAAAGUAGCACAUUGCCAUCGAUGUGUGAAUGGAUGAACAAUGCAGUGUAGGGUAAAGCGCUUUGGAGUCUUCUGACUCUGAAAGGCGCUAUACACGUUAAGGUCUUUUAUCACCAUUCAUGUUUUGGGGCUUUUGCUGGGCAACAAGGGCAUUCACAACGUGCCCACAACAGCGUCUUAGGCGAGUGAGUCGCUGUGUUGGCUAUGGUAGUUCAGUGGUUAAGGCGUCCAACCUGGCGCUCUAACCACUGGACUACCAAGUCUGUUACAUGACAACAGAUGCCUAACACACCUAUCCUGUGCUAGGUUACUAUUCGCCAUGAUGAAAAUUGGCUCAUUUGUGGUUAGUUUUAUUUUUAGGGUUGCACAUUCAGCACAGCAUUAUUAGAUAUCAGUUGUAUGUUUUUCUUUCAGACAUGAUGCAGAACUGUUCUACUGUGAAACCACUACUAUUUUACAUGCAGCUCAGCUCUGAUAAGGGACUGUAGAGGUAGAGCUACAGUCAAGAGGGUUUUAUGUUUAUCCGAUGGCCCCACUACAGGCUAGCAAAUGUAUCGCACCUUUCGUUUAUGAACACACACCUCUAACCGGCCUACAGAGCUAAAACUCAUAGUUUUGCAAAUAUUCUCACACUGUGCAUUUUAUUCAUAUAAAGUAAAAAAAAUUCCCAUCUCACCCUCUGCGGGUGGUCUCAUCCUUCCAAGCUCGGGUCUUCUACUUGAGGCCUGCGAGCUUGAGGGUUUUGCUGUAUCUUAGCUGUUCCUAGAUCUGCACUUUUCUGGACUGAGAUGUUGUUCCUGCGAUCUGCUUCAGCCACUACUCCAGUCUGGGGGCUACUGCUCCGAGUGCCCCGAUGACCACGAGCACCACCGAUGUCUUCGCUCUCCAGGAUUUCUCACAUUCUUCUUUGAGACCCUGGUACUUCUCUGGUGUUUUGUGUUCCUUUUUCCUGAUGUUGCAUCACUUGGUAUCGCCACAUCAACCACAACAGCUGUUCUCUGUUGUUUGCCCACCACCACAAUGUCCGGUUGGUUCUCUAUCAUCAUUUUGUCAGUAUGGAUCUGGAAGUCCCACAGGAGCUUGGCUCUUUUGUUCUCUACCACCAUAGGGGGUGUUACCCACUUUGAUCUUAGGGCUUCCAGUCCAUACUAUGCACAGAUGUUUCUACAUGAUGCCAGUCACUUGGUUAUGGCGUUCCAUGCAUGCUUUCCUUGCCAGCAUCUUACCACAGUUAUGUGGUGGAUUGUCUCAGGGGCCUCUUUGCAUAGCCUACACCUUGGGUCUUGUGCGGUGUGGUAGAUCUUAGCCAAGGUUUAAGUCACUCUCAAAGGUAUGGUUACUGUCCUGCAGCAACAUUUAAAAAAAUUGCACCUUUGUUGAUCUGUGAUUGCAAAAUACUUUUUUUAUCCAAGUGUAGAAACGAUCAUGCAUUUUUUUAGUUUUAAAGCUACUGUAUUUAAUCUUUUCAUAUUCUGUUUUUAUUUUUAUUCUUUUGAAAAGCAUCACAGUAGCCUCAGAGUUCAAGCUCUGAAUCAGCUUCUGUGUAAAGAAUGCCUCCCAUUUUGGGGGAGAGUUGCAAAAACUCCCUACAAAAUAAACAUAGUGGACCUGUCAGGUUCAGCAACUUGGCUAGUGGAGUUUGUAUGUUCUCCAUGUGUAUGAAUGCUAUUUCUUCCCAGAUGGAAAGCGUGCUUGUUAGGUUGAUUGGAUGGUUGUUUUGGUUCUAUGACUCAUGACCCUUGGCCUAGCAAGCCAUCUCAUACAUGUAAACAUAUAGGAUGGCCACGACCAAUAGAAAGAGCUCACUCGUGGGGCAGAAUCUUUGGUUGUCUUUUAAACUGUCUCAACACAUUUGGACAGCACAAGGACCAAUAAGAGCAACGAACAACGUGAUAUUUCCAUCGCUAUCAAAAUCAGUCAACAGAGCAGUCUGCCAGACACCACUGAAGAAGUAAAUAUAUCAUUUUUGGAAAUACAUGGCCCAAGUACCUCUAUCUGCUCAUGUCUCAAAGAAAAGCCCAAAUAUAAAUCGUUCAAAGUAGAUGCUACAGCUGUUUCAAACUAGCGUUGUUUCUGAGCUGAAGACAUUUUUCUCCACCACAGCCCUGGUGCCAAGUCCACCCAAAGAGUGCUGUGAUUGGUUAAAAUAUUCAUUUUUUUAUCCAAUGGUAGACCAGCGGAGGCUACAAUUGACCUUCACAAAAUCUUUUGCUGCUGCUAUGCUUUGUCUGGAUUUCUAGGCUUGACGACGUGCUGUUAGCUUGACUUGCCAAUUAGAUUUUCUUGUAAAUAAAAUUACUUUUCCAUCUACUGUACCAACAACUCAUAAAUACUCCACACAACUCCAGUUAAAAUAACAAAUUACCCCUUUAAAAUCCUGGCUUUGUGUUUUAUUUUGCUUUAUUUUUCUAAAGUAUUUGAUAAUAAAAAAUGUCUAUACCUAGAUUCCAUUAAAGUUGAAAAAACAUUUGUAUUCGUAAGGAAAUGGAUGCACAUUUAUCAGGAAAAGAGGUUUUCUGUUAUUUUGACCCCUUUUGAAAGUGUCCUGUUCUAUAAAGUUCUUCAACAGUUUGUUUGUUUUACACAAUUAAAAGUGCAUUUGACUGUAAAAUGUUCAAAUCAAUUGAAAAAAUGUGUGGUUUUCCAAUUGUAAUCGUCUAAUCUUUAAAAAGCUUUAUUCAAAAUUAAAAACAAAUUUCAUACGUAAA